CAUACGCUCCCCAUCGCGGAGGGAGCAACCCUGGAUGAAUCCGAUUCUGAUCGUGCUAGAUCGGUCUGAGCGUCGUCUGGAGUAUGGUCCCUGAAUCCGGGGCGUCUGUGACCGCAAUACCAACACAUUCAGUGCAAUUCCGGUUGGUCUGGACAUGAACCUACGCGCGCUCAGCCGGAACACAUAAGUAGAGAACCUACCGCGGGUGUUCCGACCUAUACCCUUCCUCCUUGAACACCAUAUCCCUCUGAUUACACAAUGGCUGGAGGUAUAGUCGCACACACUGCGAGUCGUCGUAGGACGCUCCAGGGAAAGUCAGGAUGGGCAGGGCUGGUCGCAAAUCGGAAGACUUUUGCCAUUGCAGUUUUUGCUUCGCUAGGAGGAUUGUUGUAUGGUUAUAACCAGGGGGUGUUCUCAAGUGUGCUCGACAUGUACAACUUCGAUCAGCGUAUGGCCUCUGUGGUUGAUCACCCAGGUCCGAAGGGAUGGUUUGUCUCAGUAUUGGAGUUGGGUGCUUGGUUCGGUGUUCUGUGUACCGGAUAUCUUGCCGAUAGGUUGUCCAGAAAGUACACCAUUGUCCUCGCUGUCGGCGUUUUCUGCAUUGGAGUGAUUGUACAAGACACCGCGUUCCGCCCGGGCUCAAUUUUUGCAGGGCGGUUCAUCACUGGCUGGGGAGUCGGAUCACUGAGUAUGGCCGUUCCACUGUACAAUGCCGAGCUUGCUCCACCGGAAGUACGUGGAAGCCUUGUCGCACUGCAGCAGCUUGCCAUCGCAUUCGGUAUCAUGAUCUCUUUCUGGAUCGAUUACGGCACAAACUACAUCGGCGGAAUCGGCUCGACCCAGUCUCCUGCAGCCUGGCGUCUUCCGAUAGCGCUUCAGCUCGUUCCAGCCCUGAUCUUGGGUGUCGGAAUUUUCUUUAUGCCCUUCUCGCCAAGAUGGCUUGUCAACAAUGGUCGCGAUGAAGAAGCAUUGGCUGUACUUAGUAGAGCUCGGAAUCUGCCUCCUGAUUCAGAGGUCAUUCAAAUUGAAUUCCUGGAAAUCAAAGCACAAUACUUGUUCGAAAAGCAGACUUCCGAGAUUCAGUUCCCACAAUACCAGGACGGAUCGUGGAAGUCGGACUUCAAGCUCGGUUUUUAUGGAUACCUAAGUCUCCUCACUUCGCGCACGUUGCUUCGUCGCGUUGCCAUCGGCACUUUGACGAUGUUCUUCCAGCAAUGGACGGGUGUCAAUGCGAUUCUGUACUACGCGCCGUCGAUAUUCGAGGAGUUAGGUCUCACCGGCAAAACCACCUCACUUUUGGCAACAGGAGUCGUCGGUAUUGUAAUGUUUGUCGCGACUAUUCCGGCGGUUCUUUGGGUGGACAAUGUCGGACGCAAACCUGUAUUGGUCUCCGGAGCAUUCCUCAUGGCCGCAUGCCACCUAGUUGUCGCUGUCCUGACUGGACUGUAUUCGAAUUCUUGGCCGGAACACAGAACGGCUGGUUGGGUUGCCUGUGCCUUCGUCUGGAUCUUUGCCAUGGGCUUCGGAUAUAGCUGGGGUCCUUGCUCUUGGAUUGUCGUCUCAGAGAUAUGGCCCCUCUCCGUACGUGGAAAGGGAAUGUCGAUCGCGACUUCGUCAAACUGGAUGAACAACUUCAUCGUGGGUCAAGUUACACCAACCAUGUUGUCUGAUAUCGGAUUUGGGACCUUCGUCUUCUUCGGGUCUUUCACGUUCCUGGGAGGCUUGUUCAUCCUAUUUCUGGUGCCUGAAACGAAAGGCCUCACUCUUGAGGAAAUGGACGAGGUAUUCGGCGCACAGGGACUUGCAGCGGCGGAUCAAGAGCGCCAGUUGGCGAUCGAGAAGCGUAUCGGAUUGGAUCAAUACAACUUUACGUCAGAUGGAGGCAGCUCUGAAAAGCAUGAUGUAGAGAUGAAGGGGUAAAACCCUGGAGGAUAAGAGUCGUGUACACUAACAUAUGCAUGUAUCCGUUAACGGCCCUCGCUACGUUGUCCUGUCUUCAUAAUAUUUCUGUACUUGUUAUUGAAGGAUUCGCUUUCGUUCAUUCAUUUCGGACCAGAUUCGACUGUCGCGCC